AUGCCACGCAAGUCUACAGGAGGAGCAGCGUCAGGUGCGUCAGUGCCGUCGACACCGAUUGCGAAAGGAUUGGGCUCGCGAAAAUCGCUCAACGGUACUAGCGGCACUGCGACUCCACCAUCAGCUGUAGAUGUAGAUUCCACCGUACCGGCUUCGACCACCAACCUCGUCGUUCCUGCGUCCACCAAGCUCGUGCUUAAGCAACAAGAGGUCGCGCUCAAAGGAAUCGAGUCGUACGAGCUACCGCGAGGCCCACUUAUCAAGCUCGCCAAAUCUUCGCUGCCGGACAAUGUGCAGUUGCGAAGAGACGUCCAAUUCGCCCUCGUCCGUUCAGCAAGCGUAUUCAUCAGCUACCUGACAGCUACAGCGCACGACACAGCGAGGAGGAAGAAAAAGAAGAACAUCCUACCAGAACACGUCAUGGAGGCUAUGCGCGAGAUCGAGCUCGGCGACGCAGACGUGAUGCGUGAGUUGAAGGAGCACCUAUUGGCGUUCAGAGAAGGCGUCGUAAAAAAGAAGAGCGAAAAGGCAAGUGUUGGCAGCAAAGCUGCCGAUGCGACCGAGCCAAACGACGCCGAUGUGAGCAGGUUGGAAAGUGACGACAUGGACGCGGACGAGUCAACCAGGGAUGACGUCGAGCAAGGCGGCAGUGCAAGUUUGCUCAACAGACGCCUCGCGGACCACGCGGAUCAAGAUCAGGACGACAACGACGACGGCGACGGCGCGGAUGAGCUCAUGGAUGAAGACUAG